AUGGACAACUUCCAAGUACCUGAUAUCCAAACCGCUUUGCAAUGCAUCUCUUCCAAUGCAUCACAAGACGAUAAAAAUAAGGCGCUCCAAUUUCUAGAACAGUUCCAACGAUCCGUUACUGCAUGGUCAGUUUGUAACGAAGUCUUAACUAAGCCAGAUCCCACGAACUCACUUUUGGAGCUAAAUAUUUUUGCUGCCCAAACUUUAAGAAAUAAAGUCACGUACGAUCUAUCACAACUUGAAAAUAAUUUGUUACAAUUUAAAGACUCUCUGUUAAACAUAUUAGUUUCUCAUAACCAAAAAUUAAUUAUAACGCAACUGAAUGUUGCACUUGCACGUUUAGCCAUCCAAUUUCUAGAAUGGCAGAACCCAAUUUUCGAGAUCAUUUCAUUGCUAAAUUCAUCACCAUCCAUAUUGUUAAACUUUCUAAGAAUUUUACCUGAAGAAACGUUGGACAUCGCCUCCACUCCACUUACAGAAGUAGAAUUCAAUUCCAGAAUCCAUGAAUUAAUCGAUCCCAUAGCCGAAGACGUGUUGAAGUUUCUAAUCUCAUGCAUAGACCAAUUACAAAGUACAAACUUUAACACUAACUCAUCUCCGAUUUCAUUAGAGCAGAUUUUACAUUGUUUGAAUUCCUGGUCAUAUGAAUUCGCCAUCGAACAGCUGUUAACCGUUCAGCCAUUGGUAUCCCUAGUGUUCGAGACCAUUUCCAACGGUAAUGAAAAUGACAUGGAGGCAUUUGAUGCUGCUAUUGAUUGUUUAUGCGUUAUUUUAAGAGAAAGCAGAGAUACCACUAAUGAGCAGCUAAUUUCUGGUUUAUUUGAACAGUUGAUGCUCUUACAACAAAAAUUAAUGCCUAGCUUAAUCAUGGAUCAGCCCUUGGAUGAUGAAUAUGAUGUCGAUCUUUUAGAAGGUAUGACACGUUUAUUUGUGGAAGCUGGUGAAGCUUGGUCCGUUUUCAUUUCUAAAAAUCCUGAAUUUUUUAAACCAAUGGUUUCAGUGUUAUUGAUGUUAACUUGCAAAAAUGAAGACUUAGAUAUUGUUUCUUAUACAUUUCCGUUUUGGUUUAACUUCAAACAAAACUUGGUUUUGCCAAGAUAUCAAAAUUCUAAAGAGGUUUACUCCGACAUUUUUGUCAAAUUGAUCAAUGGUAUAAUCACUCAUUUACAAUAUCCAUCAGGCCAAUUCUCAUCUAAGGAGGAGGAAGAUAAGUUUAAAGAUUUUAGGUAUCAUAUGGGUGACGUUUUGAAAGACUGUACUGCAGUAGUAGGGACCUCUGAGGCCUUAUCACAACCACUAAUAAGAAUCAAGUCAGCCAUAACGAACAACAACAACUGGCAAGUCAUGGAAGCUCCAUUAUUCUCCCUGAGAACGAUGGCCAAGGAAGUGUCUCUAACUGAAAGCACCCUGCUACCAGAAAUUAUCAAAAUUAUUUGCAGCUUGCCGGAGCAACCCAAGAUCAGAUACGCGUCAACACUGGUUCUUGGUAGAUAUACUGAGUGGACAGCCAAGCAUCCUGAACUAUUAGAGAUCCAGUUACAGUAUAUUUUUAGUGGUUUCCAACUACAUGAGGGUUCGACGGAUAUGCAAAGUAUAAUUACCGCAUCAUCGCAUGCUUUAAUGUUUUUCUGUUCAGAUUGUUCAAAAUUAUUAACCGGAUACAUCGAUCAGUUGAUUAACUUUUUUCUCAAUGUACAGAAUUCGGUCGACAUCGAAUCGCAAUUUGAAUUAUGCCAAGGCCUGAGUGCAGUGAUAAACAAUCAACCAACAACUGAAGUUUCUACAAUAUUUCAAAAACUAUUAGACGAUAAUCUGAACCAAAUUGAAACUUUGGUUCCUCAAUGGAAGGCAAAUUCGAUGUUGGUCGCUCCACAGAUUGCUGAUAAGAUUGAUUUGCUCUAUGCACUAUUUGAAGAAUUAAAACCACGAUACAAUUAUCCACAGCAGGGAUCGGAACCCUUAUUACCUCAAAUGGAAUUCAUCUGGAAUGCAUUAAGAACCUUAUUGGUCGACGCAGGUGCAAUGACAGAUAGCAUUAUUGUGGAAAGAGUUGCCAAACUGCUGCGUAGAGUCUUCGAAAAAUUCCAUGUAUUUUGUGAGCCACUAUUACCAUCUGUGGCAGAAUUUUUAACUCAGGGCUAUUCAACCACUGGAUUCGGUUCAUAUUUAUGGUGCUCAGGUUCUCUUAUUGUUAUAUUCGGGGAUGAUGAAUCAUUCCCAAUAUCUCCUGAUUUGAAAAAUGCAAUUUGGAAGUUUGCUUUAUCUCAAUGCGAAACCUUUAUCCUAAAUUUCAAUGAGUUCAACAAGACACAAUUGAAUGAUUAUCAUGAGGCAAUCAUUGAUUUUUUCUCAUUGAUUUCGGAUUUAAUUAUGUUCUACCCCGGCGAGUUUUUAAAUUCUACAGAAUUGCUAACCCCAGUAUUGAACGUUUCCCUGGAAUGCGUUAGCAAAUUGGACAAUUAUGAUGCGUAUAUAUGUAUUUUGCGUUGCUUAGACGAUAUCAUAUCGUGGGGAUUCAAUACUCCACCAAUCUCCACCGUAUCCAUUGAAGUUGUUCCAGCUGAAUGGAGAAAACAAGUUAUUAACGAAGUGAUAAUACCACAUGGUAAUCGGUUGAUCGUAGUACUGUUCAUAGGACUGGUAACCACUUUUGAAAACACCGCCCAUUCAGACGCCAUUAGCUGUAUUGUGAAGUGUUUGAGAAUAUUAACGGAGGCGAACAACAACGAUUCCACAAUAUGCAUCGAAUGGAUCUUCAAAGUGGUGGAGCAACUGGGUCAGGUGACCGUCAAGGAAAGAGAUAAUUUGGUACAGGCUGUGGUCGAGGGGUUGAACUCGAGAGAUUACAGGAAGGUUAGAGAGGGGAUCAGAACUUUUGUUGGAUGGUAUUUAAGAAAGAACGUCAAUUCAAGAUUCGAAUGA